AAGGCUAUCGCGUUAUUGCCUUUACUUCAUAAAAACGGACCGAUAGAUAAUUUACGGUCAAAAGUUAAGUGUUUAGCAGCCAUUGUAGAGAUAUUUCGCGUGAAACGAAGCCCCGUGUUAGUAGAAAGUUCCAAAAUGCGGCUGCUCUUGGCCUUGGCAACACUCCUUGCAUUUGCAAGUGUCGAAAGUGCUUAUUCGAAAUAUGGUAGAACAUGCGAGGACAUCGGCUGCAUGAGCAAUGAAGAAUGUGUAAUGGAAGAGGAUCUUUGUACGUUGCAAUCAAAAGGUCACUGCGGAACAUUCCCUUCUUGUAAGCGGGUGAAACCCAAAGGGAAGACUUGCGACAACUACGUGUGUCCCGAUACGCAAGUCUGUCAAGUGAAACAUAACGAACCAAGAUGUGUUAAUAAAGGAACGGGAAAAACAAAGCGGGCUGCGCAGAGCUAUAAUCCAGGAUAUAACCCAAGCGCACCGUACAACCCUGCAUAUAAUCAACCGGGCCAUAUUUACCCCAAUUUGCCUUCAUACAAUCAACCAGGCUUCCCUGGGCAGUACAACGGUACUAAUUAUCCAGGACAGCAUAUCGGCACGAAUUAUCCAGGCCAAUACCCGGGGCAGUAUCCAGGCCAACAGCAUCCGCCAAUGAACCCACUUCCGGGACAGUACCCUGGCGCAGCAUAUCCGGGGCAAUACCCGGGUCAGCACCCUUUACCUAACCCACUUCCGGGCCAAUAUCCCGGACAACAGUAUCCCGGUGCACAAUACCCUGGUGCACAAUACCCUGGUGCACAUCAUCCAGCUGGUCAAUACCCCGGUCAACAAUACCCUGGCACACAGUAUCCGGGUGCCCAAUAUCCCGGAGCACAAUACCCCGGCAGUCAGUACCCUGGAACUCGGUAUCCUGGACAACCUGGCACAGCGGUUAGCGGCGAUUUCUACCGGGAUCAAACCAAAAACAACCCGCAAGGACGACGAUAUCGAAGAUCUCCACAAGGUCCAAACUACUCAACCGCGAAUCAGUACGGCGGUUCCAACCCCGGAUAUCCGGUAGGCGGAAAUACAUACCCUAUUCCUCCAGGAUAUUCCUCCCGUACGCAGUCCGCGCCUGGGCAUUACAGCGGAAGUAGUUACACUGGACGUCAACCUAGCCCUCCAAGCUAUCAGUCGGGUUCCAAUCAUUCGGGGGGUACGAACUAUCCUGGAACUAAACAACCGUACCCGCCUGCGGGAGGUACGAAUUAUCCAGCCGGCAGCACGAACUAUCCCGGUCAACAUACAGGAACAAACUAUCCCGGUCAGCAAACGGGCGCGAAUUAUCCCGGUCAACAUACCGGAACAAACUAUCCCGGCCAACAAACGGGCGCUAAUUAUCCCGGUCAACAUACAGGAACAAACUACCCCGGCCAACAAACGGGCACGAAUUAUCCCGGUCAACAUACAGGAACAAACUACCCCGGCCAACAAACAGGCACGAAUUAUCCCGGUCACCAAACGGGCCAUCAGUCCGGUACUAACUAUCCUGUUCAAACUGGAGGCGGUUACCCCAGCCAGAACAUCCAUUAUCCAAGCGGGUAUGGUGUAGCAAGUCGGCCAAGCUCCCAGAUUCCGCAAGGUAGUGGUGGGAACUACGGACAACAACAAGGUGGUGGUGAUUUUUAUCAAAGUCAAACUAAAAGUACCCAAGGCGGUAAUUACAACAAACCAGGCCGAGCGUACAAGCGGGAAGUGAGGAGCUACAAUUACGACGCGAACAGAUACGUGCCAGAAAAUAACGUUUACCCUCAGUAUCCCACGCAAUCGUACUAUCCCAGUAGUUAUCCUCAGCCUAACCAACCCUCUAGCUAUCCAACCCAACAAGGUGGCUACUAUCCCACUGCAAACACCCAAUAUUCUGGUUACCCUCAAUAUCAAGGCUACCCACACCAGGGUAAUGCUCAGUACCCACCGUACGAGAAAUACCCCACCACGGGUAGCAACGGGUUAGUUCAAGGAAUAAAGAAUGCGUGGGGUAAGGUUAACCAAUGGCUCGAUGGUAUCCUCCACAAAUUCUAAGCUCUACUCAAAUUGUGAUUUCAAGACUUCACGUACUUAUAAUCGAACGAAUUUUACUUAACUUUUUUAUAGUUCUUAUAUGUGUGUGUUAAAUGUUUACAUGUAUAUCAUUUAUUAAACUUAAAAGAAGUCUUUACCGAAA